AUGAGUCAUUGGAAUGAAGCGGUGAAAGAUAGUCAAGGACCUGAGAUCAAGUUGAUGGAAGAACAGGAUACGUGUCCGAUGACGGAACCACCAAAAGAGGAAGAUAUGUUACGUAUUAUGCAACAGCAAUGUAACGGGAAAUCAGCAGGAGCAGACGGUAUAAGAAUGGAGCAUCUAAAAUACGCAGACGAAGAGACACAGAAAGAAAUGGCGGAGGUCUGGAGAAGAGUUUGGAUUGAGAAUGAACUGCCAGAAGAAAUGAAGAAAACUAUUCAAGUUCCAAUACCUAAGAAACCCUCGGCAAAAGCAGUACAGGAUUACAGAAGGAUUAGCUUGUGUAAUAGUGGAUAUAAACCAUAUGCUAAAUGGUUAAAGAAUCGACUGAGAGACUUUACAGGAGAUCCUGACAUUAACCAAGCAGCUUUUACAGAAGGAAGGUCAACCGAUGAUCACAUGUUUGUAACGAGAAGGAUAUUGGAGGAAUACUGGAAUGCUGGGAGAUCGGUAAUUGUAGCAGCACUGGACAUAAGUAAAGCUUUUGACAAUGUUAGCUUGCUAGAGCUAAGGAAUAUUUUGGCUAAGCUAGAUGUACCCUCGCAUCUAAUCGAUAGAGAUGAGGAGGGUACAUGA